GACACUGAGGCAGAUGAGAUCACCCUUGGAAAUGCAAAUGGAGUCUUCAAGGUCCGCGCUGUGAAGCGGAGACCUCCGUCUCAGCAAUGGAAUGCUGUAGGAGUGUCAAAAAUGUUGUCAGUGCCGUGGCAGCCCAAAGGUGAUGGAGUUGACUCGACUGCGUUUGUGAUGCCGCCUGAUCUUGGAGUGAAAGGCAGAGUGAAUCCUCCUCCUGGAUUGUCACGCGUCGAGCAAGAAGAGGAGAGUGAGGAGAAUGAACAACUCGAGGAUAUGGUGCCUGGACAGAGUGAAAGCCUGACUGUUCAAGAUCUCUUGGACAAUGACGGCUCUGAUCGAGCACCUGCUGAGAUUGUUCACGACCCUCCUGAGACUGGAGAGAAUGCAUCAAAGAAAGCGAGGAUUGAUCCAGACGCUCCUGCGACUGAGCCUGCAAGCAAGCAAAUGAGGAUUUCUGCUGUGCACCAUGUACUGGCAGGAGUUCCCGCUUGCAAAUGGCUUGCCUCGAUUGUUGGAGCUGAAGAAGUGGUUGGCAAAGACGGAACCAAGAUUGAAGUCGAGGUGAAUGCUGAGGAAGGAGAACUUGACCAAGAAAUGCGACUCGCAGAGCCACUGCUCUGGGAGAGUGAGUUCCCUCCUGAAGCUGAGAAGAAAGGAAUGAUCAAGGAGAUGAAUUCGAUGAAGGAAUUUGAUGUUUACCAUGAGGUGAUGGUGAAGGACUGCACUGAGGAUCACGUCAAUGAGGCCCUCGACUGCAGAUGGGUCAAAGUCUGGAAGAAUGAGACAGACCUCAGAGAG